UUAUGGCAUGUUUUCACGGGAAGUUUAUGAAUUAAGUUUAUUUAUUUACUUUUGGUUCGAGGAGCACGGCUUUUAAUUUUCUCAAAUUGCUAGCGUUCUUCGUGAUAUGAGCGGUUGAAGCUUAAUUUCAUCUCUUCUCACAAUUCGUUUCCACAUAUGCUGUGAAUCGUGAGAGUGUAAUCUUUUUUGAGGCUGAUCCAGAAUUAGAGGCCAUCAGACAGAGAAGAAUGCAGGAGCUAAUGGCACAACAAGGAGGCGUGGUUUUUAACUAUUUAUUUUUUGAGUGGAGUAAUUGGCUUGCAGGGAAACAGUCAUCAAAAGUCCGAGCAGCAGAAAGCUCAGGGCGAAGCAAAAAGGUAUUAACACACACACACAUAUAUAUGCCAUUAGUAUUGUCUGAUCUCCUUGGUCCAAAUCUUCUAAAUUGAUGUAGGGAGGCUGAGGAACAAAGGCAAAUGAUCCUUAGUAAGAGAUUAGUUUCUCCUAUAUAUGUGUAUUGGAUCAUCACUGCAGGUUUCUUGGAGAUCUUUUAUGGUUGGUUUUGUUGGAGGAUCAUGAUACAUCAUUCUCAUGACUAAUGGCCAUUCUUGUCAUUCUACAAGGGUUCUGGUUUUAUAAUGGCUGAAGACAGUGAAGGAACGCUGGGGCUUUGGAACGCGGAUGGUGUUUGCUGCUCCACUGAUCAUUUCUCUGCGUUCGUUAUUGGCUGGCGUAUUAUUCCAAUUGGUCGAGUGCUGCCCCGGCAUUGAGUUCGGGAAUUCUCAGAUUCAGAUUUUGAGGGGUUUUCUUUUUCUAUUAUAAAUGGCGGAGGAUGUCGGGUCGAUGCAAGAUAAAACCAGCAAUGCCUGCUGCGCCGCGCUGAAGAAGAAGCACUCGAAGCUUUUGGAGAAGUAUGCAAAGGUUGAAGAGCUUAAAAACAGGUUUCGCGACUGCACAUCAUUGCUGCAGGAUAAGUAUGAUGCGAUUGAGAAUGAAAAUGUCAAUAUUAAAAAAGUAUUUGAGGAACUCAAAGCGCAGGCUAAUAUGUGGAAAGAUGAGAAAGAAAAAGAAUCAGGAAUUCGUAUUGAUCUUGAGGAUGAGGUGUCUGCACUAAAGGAGGAGGUUCAAUUGCUUAAGAGUAAUAGCAACUUGGGUUCUCAAGAAUCCAAUGAGCAGCUUCAAGAACGACUGAGUAGUGCUGAGGAGGAGAUUAAAAGGUUGAAGGACCUUUUGGACAAAGAGAGGAAAAAAUCAGCUUCGGAAAAAAAGAAUAUUGAGUUAGAGAAGAGGAAAGCCUAUGAGGCUCAAGACCGUCUGAGAAGGGCUGAUGAGGAGAUUAAGGGGUUGAAGGAUCUUUUGGACAAAGAGAGGAAAACAACAGCUUUGGAAAAAAAGAAUUCUGAGUUGGAGGAGAGGAUACACAAUGAGGCUCAAGAACAUGUGAGUAGGGCUGACAAGGAGAUUAAGGGGUUGAAGGAUCUUUUGGACAAGGAGAGGAAAAAAACAGCUUUGGAAAAAAAGAAUACUGAGCUCGAGAAGAUGAAAGCCGCUGAGGCUUUGAAGAAGUUGGAAAUGGACGGGAAUAAGGUUGCUGAAGCACAGAAGAUAGCUAAUGUUGAAAGAAAGAAAGCGGAGGAAAAUAGGCUUUUGUUGGAAAAACUGAAGAAGGAAACUGAUGCAGUGAAGUCAAAGCUGGCAUUGGAGAAAUCUAGAUCGGAAUCUGCAUAUAAGCAAGUGGAGGUUGAGAAACUAAAUGCCAAAAGAGAAAAAGAAAGGGCUGACUUGGCAGUGGCCAAAGCUGAUGAGCAGCGGCAAUUUGCAGAAAUGAACUUGAAGAAGGCCAUGUCUGAGAAAGAACGAGCAGAUAAUUUAAAUAAGAAGUUCGAAGAGGCUAGUAAUCGAGCAAAAAGAUUAGAGGUGCAUAGGUGCUCUGGAAAUGUAGUUGAAGCUCAAGCUGAUGAAACUAAUACUGGAAGGAACAUCAGAAUAGCAAGUGGGAUGUGCGGGGAGCUGCUGAAGAAUGAUGCUGCAAUGUCUGAAUGUAUGAAAAAUAUGCUUGUGAAGAAAGAUCAGAAAAAUUUGGAGAAAAAACAUUCAGAUCCAGAGAAAAAGGUAGCGAAGGAACAUAGUAAAGCUGCAAAGGAUUACAAAAGAAUGGCCAGAGAGCAGAAGCACAGAGCCAACGAACUUUCUAGAGAACUGGAAAGCUGUAAGCUGAGACUAGUAGAAUCUCAGGCAGAGCUGGCGAAGUCUUACUCAUACAGAUAUACUAGCAUUUUAUCUGAGGCUGAUACUGUUAAAAAGUUAAAGAACCAAUUGAAGCUAGAAAAGAUGCUUGUGAAGCACUCUAAAAAAGCUUCAGAAGUGGAAGCUAUUCGCAACAGUAUGCUACAACAGGAGUUAGUUCAGCUAAAACAGGAGUUUCUUCAAUUCCAACUUCGUUUUGAUAUGUUAAGUAACUCCUUUUCAGGCGGCGGAGAAGGUAUACAUCAGUUGGAAAAGAUUGGAAAUCAUAUCUCAACAAGAGAAACAUUGUGCUCAGAUGAUCAUCAUAGGCAACUUAUAUCAGGUAUAACUGGAUUGGAUCCUCCACAUAGAGGUUCCAACCAAAAAAUGAGUUCUGCCAUAAAUUCAAGUUCGGCAUCUUUUUCUGAUCGACCAUUGGUGGGAUCACAGGAAAUGCAUACUCUAUCUGUAACAUCGGCUAAACUGGGUGAAGAUAUAUCAAAACUCAAACCCAAGUCAAGGUUGUCUUCCAAGACCAGGGUAAGGCAUAAUGAGCACACAAUAGUCAAAGCUGACAACAGAUCAGAAUGUUCACUUCAAGAAAAUGAUGGUAAAAGAAAAUGUGCAUCACUUGAGAGGGAAAGGAUUUUUGAUGCAGUUAAAUCCAUUGAAAAGUUGUAUUGUAAAGGUGAGAAGCUGCAUCAACAGGUAUCAGAGAAAGUAUCCAUCCUGCAUGAUAUAAUUAAUGGUAAAAAAAGUGAAUCUGAAGAAGAGAACCGUAAGGACAAUCCUUGCAAUGAUAUUGGCAGACCUCUCAAGAGGAGAAAAAAUUCUUCUGAGGAAGCAAUGGUUGCUCAUUGUGUGCAAGAUAAUGAGGCAAAGGGCAUAUUUGAUUCAGACAUUGAUUGCUUGAAUGCCUGUAUGGCUGUUGGUGCUAUGAAAUUGGAUCAGCAUACUGAGGAUGGAGCAAAUGUAAUCUUUGCAAGUGCUCAACGCACAUCUCAAUUUUCUGAUGUAAUGGCUGGUGGUGAUUAUAUGAAGUUGCUGGAGCUGAAUAGUGCUGCAGAUGAGGAUGCUUACCGCAGGGCUAUUGCUAUACCCCUGUCUCCUUUGCUUCCUGAUCUAGAAUUACUUUUUGAUGAGACACAUGAAGCUAACAUUUCUCAGUGUCUCCCAAACAAAAGUUCGCUUGAGGAAUUUGCAGGUUUUAGAGAUAACCUGGAGCUACCUUCUAUUGACUCAGAGAACAAGGCCAUUCAUGCACCUUUGGAUGGUUCUGUUUCUACAGGGAUGCAACUGGUUGAAGAUUCUGCGCCAGCUUGUCAUGAUGAUGCUGGAUCCAAGGAAGCAAAUAUACAGUGUGAAAGACAGCUUUCUACUCCUCAUAGUGGUUUCCUGAAGUAUUAUGUUGUGUAUCCAGACAAUAAAGAAUAUCAUAGCAUGUCAAGGAUCCUUAAGUCAAUUUGUGGUUGCAUGCCACCGUUUUCUUCCCUUGAUUCAGCAGAGAUAUUUGUUCGAAGUAUUCUACAUGCUCUUUUGAAGGCACAUGAUCUUUCUAUGAAGGAGAAGGUUUGUGUAUUCUUCUCUUUAUUACUGUAUGGAGUUUCCGAGGUUUCAGCGAAGAACUGGUCAAAUUUCUUGAGUUAUGCUUUGGUCCAGUCCCUUGAUUCAGUGUCACUUCACAUCUGCUCAGCACUAACAGAUCUAGUUUUGAAGAGAGAAUUCCGGGAGUCCUUUGAUUUGUUUGAACUGCUUGCUCUUGUUGAAGAAUUUCUUUUGCAAAGAAAGGUGUUUGUUACUGGUGACAUAUCUUCUGAGCAAGAGGCCCUUUCUAGUUCCAAAAUGGAUCUGGUUCUAAAUGGUGAUGUGGUUAUAUUGUCUGAAGUGUUAGCUUCAGCCCCGUUGUUGGUUGCUGGUGGAAGCAUACUAGCUUCAUUAUGCUUAGCAGUAGAUCAUAUUGGCUGUAUUUGUGAGAUUUCGUGCAGCAUUAUCGCAAGUCAGAGAUGUGGUCCUGCCGUUAUACUGGCUAUCCUUCAUUCUUUUGCUCAUAUAUGUGGCCCGAAAUAUUUUGACAUACAGCAGUACUCCUUAACAAUGUCCGUAGUAGAAGUCCUUGUUAUGCUUCUUGAGAAGAAAAGUGCAUCAGCUAAUUCAAAAUCUAUUUCCCAACCAUUGGCUGGAGAUCUUUCUUUAACUUGGUCAUGCUGCAGCAAUUGCCCGUUUUCAAAGGGUGCGAUUCCCAUAGAGGGUGUUGUGUCAAAGUUAUUGGAGAAUCUUUGCAAGCACAGUCCCUCGUUGAAAGAUACAUUUGAAGUAAUGAAAUCAGUAGUUCCAAGAGAGAAUCUCCACAAACACAGAAAUGAAGAUGCUUCAUGUUUUGUGGACUGUGUCACAUCAAGCUCACCUUAUGAUGAGAAUUUAUGUGAAAUUUUGGAUACUCUUCCGUUGAUGGAGAUUCUGGCAUCAUUUAUGAGCUGGAGGUGGACAGCUGACCACAUCAUUGGUCCGAUUUGUAAAUCUUUCGAAUCUCGACUUACGGAAGGGUUUUCUGCUGCCAUAAUCAUUCUUCUCGGUCAAUUGGGGAGGCUCGGCAUUGAAGCCAUUGGUUAUGAGGAUCCUGAAGUUGAAAAGCUGCGUGAAUGGUUUUCAGCCAUCCUGCUCGGAAAUUCUUUUACAACACUGACCCUACCUGUUCAAUUUGCCAUUUUAACUUCCUUGUUUGGCCUCACUCCAAUGAAAUUCGAAGAAGUCAUAGACACUAAGGUAGAAGCUUCGCCAGCAGUCUCCGGACAAUGUAGUAUCUUGCCUGUUACUUCAAUUAGGAAGUGGUUUUCUCGAUUGAGUCCCGAGCAGCAAUCGUACUUGAGGCAUUCAUUGGCACAACCUCUCUAGCUCUGAUGAUAUCUCCCCAAGGGAAGAAAGUUUUGUAGGCCAUUUUCGGAAGCUAUUCGAUUGUUUGGACAAGGUUUUUAAUAUGCUUUCCUGCUGCUGCUUUGAAUUUGUGUACAGAAAACUGUGGGUUGCAUUCAUGGAUCAAUGUCAAGCAAAAAGCUUCUUUCUUUAGCUAAAAAGUAAUUUGCAAAAAAAAAUUGGGUUUGGCUUUGUGUU